AUGACGGUCGACGAUGCGCAAGCCGAGCGGCUAGUGGGUCAAGCAGCAGCAGCUGCACGACUCACAUCGACCACUCGCACCGACAUCCAAUCGCUCUACACGCAAGCCCUCGAUCGCCGGGCGGAGGAAGACGGCGAGCGCGAUGCGAGGUACACUGCGCUCGCACCGACGCUCGUGGCGCUGAGCCAGCAGGCGAGCACGUCGAAACAGCUGCUGGGAUCGCUCGAGUCGUUCCUGUCCACGUUCCAGUCGGAUCUAUCGACGCUCUCGACGCAUAUCUCGGCUCUGCAGGCCACGUCGCAUCAGAUCGAUUCGCAACUCGAUGCCACGCGCGAUGUCGAACUCCAACUCGCUGCGUUCUUGUCGGAUAUCGCACUCAGCCCUCGCAUCGUCGAUCUCUUCUUCGAUACCGAUCCCGAGUCCCGCCCAGAGCUCUGGCUCAAGGCGGUGGGGCAGCUCGAACGCGUACUUGAUGCAACCCUCCCCUCGGCCACCAUCGAGCUUCCUGGUCGCAAAGAGCCGCUGGUGCUGGGAGACGUUCAGGCGGUCAGAGAGGUGCGGGACGUGGCGGAGGCGUGCAAGAACGUGGUGGCGGCCAAGUUGAGGACGUACCUUACGGCGCCCCAUGCGGCAAUCAAGGCGUCCGUGACCACCAACCUACAGGUGGUGCAGACGAGCGUGCUGCUGCGACAACACCGACCUUUGUAUGGCUUCCUCGCACGGCAGAUGCCACGUGUUGCCAUCGAUGUUCAGCGCAGCUACGUAGGUGCUGCUCGGCUGUACUUCGAGACGGCCUUUAGGCGGUAUACGCGCAGCCUGGGCGUGAUCCGCAAGAGGUGGGUCGAGACAUCCACCGCUGCCACUAUCACAGAACCUCCACCAGCAGGGGCAGAUGCCAGUGCCAAUGCCAGAGCCAUGUCGAAUGCGCUUCAGGCGAGCAUGUCCGGUGUAUCCAAAUCAGCGGCGGUUGGGAUGCGGGCAGGGGGCAGCACACCCACACGUGGGGCGAGUCAGGAUUCUUCAGCGGGAGAUGCAGAUGCCGUGUCGGUGGAUGCAUGGCUGUUUCCUGCGUCGCGACUCGCAUAUUCGCGACUGGACAGUGGUGCUGCCACGGUGCUGGGCUAUCUGGCGGACGAUUCGGCGUUCAAGGCGUGUCCCGAGAACCUGUUUCGGUCGCUCUCGCUCGUGCUCGUCGACAAUGUGUGUUCAGAGUACACGUUUAUCGUACGCUUCUUUGAGGCGAUCUCGAGCGACGAUGAUCGUCUCCUCGACCCGCGACCCGUUGGCGAAACUCCUGGCGUUGCUUCCGUUGACAGCGCAAGUGCAGUGGAGGAGGAUGAGGUGGAGGCGUCGGUGGUGCAGCUGAGUCGGCACGAGCAGGCGCAACUGCGUGGACGCGGUGCAAGCGAAGAGGUGUUUCGCCAGAUCAUGGAACCUGCCGUCACCACCUGGACAACCUUCAUCAAGUCUCUCCUCCCUUCAUCCUCACUGACUGUAUCGGCCUACUUUGCACUGCUGUCUAUGGUCCAGUUGAACGAUGCCUUGCUGGCGCUGGUGGCGUCUAGGGGUUGCGACAACUCGCUCGUCACUUCGGCAAUGAUGGGGUUCAAACUCGACUCGUACCCACACCUCAAGCGCUUCCUCGACGACCAGAUCACCGCCCUCACCAAUCCAUCCCAAUCCGCUUCGCUCUGGAAGACCAUCUCCAUGUCUACGACCUCCACUGCUGACCCGCAAAUCAUCGCCGUCAGAUACACCAGCCUCUUCACCAAAUCCCUCUGGAUUUUGCAGAACGACGAUCCCGCCAUCCUAUCCGCCCUGCAAAGACUACGCGCACAGCUCGCACAAUCCCUUCCAACCACACCACCCCUCCGAGACCAAGCCAUCAACAUCCUCAUCUCCUCGCUCGAAUCGGCCCUACCCCCCUCCCUCGCAAGCCACCCUACCGCACAAAAUGAAUUCGCCUUCUGGAACAACAUCCUCCGCCCCUAA